ACUGCGCCUCUUCCCAGUGGAGUGUGUUUGUGUGUGUGUGUCGCUCAGUCCAGUUGCGCUCGGAUGAUCUCCACGACUGGUUUCAUCUGGAGCCGCGGAUCUGAUCUCAGGUUCACUUUUAAACUCCGCCAUUUUAGGUGAAACUGAGGCGCAGGCAUGAGCAUGUACGGGUCGCAGCAGCGCGGGCUCAACAUGAUGGGACGCCGCACGGGAUCGCGCAGCGAGAUAAACGCGGCGCCCGCGUAUCCGUACGCGCGCAGUGAGGUGGUGGUGCAGCGGGGGAAUAAUGGGUUCACACAGGAAUAUGUGGAGGGAUUCAACCAGACUUUCUCCAGAGGCUCGAUGAGCGCGGGACAAGUUCCUGCCAUGCCGUCGAUGCAACAGCAGAUCUCCAAUCUGCAGGUCCAGUGUCAGGAAUACCUGGACAAGACCGCAUUUAUAAUAAAUUCUGGCGGAGAUCCAAGCGCUUUCAUGGAGGCUCAGAGUUGUCUGGCGUCCGCUGCUGAAAUCAAUGAACAGCUCCGACUCAUGGCCUCGGACCUUCGCCAGCAGAACGUGCCGUCGGACCGUGUCAUCCGGAGUGUGAAUCUGUUUUCUGAGCAGAUCCGAGAGCUCGAUGCGGUUAUGGCUGGUGUUCAGCAACAGAGCUGGAGCAGCAGGACGGUCCGUCGAACCGUGAGCCGUGAAGAACCCAACCGUUACUAUAGCGACGCCAUGGCCUGGAUCCUCCAGCAGAGGCGGCUGAUCGAGACAGCAUUAUGGGGAGAUGAUCUACCAGCCAUUGAACAGCAGAUAGCCAAUCACAGAGCGUUUCACAGCUCCAUCCAGAGAAGUGAGGAAGUGGAUCGAGCCCGAACGGAGCUGAUGCGCCUAAAAGACCAAAACACAGAUGGAAACAAAUCCUUUCUCAACAAACUGGAGCAAGAAUGGGACGGUCUACAGAAAAGCUCGUACCAGCGCAGCGUUCAGCUCCAGGACCUGCACAACAUCAUCGAGGAGAUCUCGGGUCAGAUCAUGUGGGUGAACGACCGCGAGGAGGAGGAGCUGGUGUUCGACUGGGGCGAUAAAAACAUUGACGGCUACCUCCCGCAGAAACACGAGGCCUUCUCGAAACUCAUGAGUGAUCUGGAGCAGAAAGAAGUUCAACUGAACGUCCUGAAAACGAAGGUGGACAGUCAGAUGAAGAACAAACACCCGGCGUCAGACAAGAUCCAGGCCUACAUGGAGACGCUGCAGACCCAGUGGAGCUGGCUUUUACAGAUCACCAAGUGCAUCGGCGUCCACCUGAAGGAGAACGCACAGUACAGCCAGUUCUACAAGGAAACGUGUGAAAUGAACGCCAAACUGAUGAAAGAGCGCGACGGCCUCUGCAAGAACUUCUCCUGCGAUAAAACCACAGCGCUUCACAAACUGCUGGAUCUGCAACAGGGGCUGGAGAGAGAGAGAGAGCGCCUGACGGAGCAGAGAGCGAUGGUGCAGCAGCUGGUGCUCAAAUCCAAGAGCAUCAUCCGACUGAAGCCCAGAAACCCUGAGGAGAAGAUCACGGGCCGGAUCCUCGUGCAGGCGCUGUGCGACUUCAGACAGGACGAGAAGACGAUCCGUAAGGGAGAUGAAGGGAUCCUGAAGGAUAACUCGGAGAGAACCACAUGGCUGGUGACGGGACCCGGAGGAAUGGACAUGCAGAUUCCCUCUGUGUGUCUGUUAGUGCCGCCACCAAACCCACUGGCCAUCAACCUGGCCAACAAGAACUCUCAGAUUUAUGAGGCCAUUCUAACCGUGUGGAAUCAGCUCUACAUCAACGUCAAGAGUUUGAUCUCCUGGCAGUACUGUCUCCUGGACAUCAGCCGGGUCAACUCACUCACCAUCAGCAUGCUGGCCAAGAUGGGUCCGGAAGAGACCAACAACAUCAUCCGCAGUCUGGAGAUGCACUUCCAGGAGUUCAAGAAGCACAGUCAGGGGUCCGAGCUGUUCGGGGCCGAGGACCAUCAGCUCAUCGAGAAUCAGCUCUCCGGAGCCCAGCAGCACUACGGCAAACUCACGGUGGAGCUGCCCGCGUACGUCGCUGGUGGAGAAGGAUCGGAGUUUUCUACGGCCGUGAGCGUCAGACUCCUGAACGAACUCAACGCUCUGAGAUUCAACGUGGAGCGGGCCGAAUCUUCCCUCGUCACUUUCCUGUACAUCCCGUUAGGAGAGGACGGUCCGGAAGAGUGCAGUCGCCACAUCGCCAGCACACAGGUCUUUCAGAAGGACGUGCAGACUCUGAAGGGAGAGUUCGUGAGUCUGAGAGAAAGCGUUGAGGCUGAACUCAAAGACGCGAAGGACACCGAUAAAGCCAGAUACCUGCGGGGUCAGCUGGAGGUCAUCAGCCAGAGUCUGGCUAACCUGGAGAACUACACCGCCGCACAUCUACAGAGGUUGAGUUUGGUGAAGGCACUGCUGAAAGAUCUGCUGAAGGCUGAAGACGUGGUGAAGGUUUAUGAAGCUCGACUGAUAGAGAAGGAGACGGUGUCUCUGGAUCCGGAAGAGAUCCAGAAAUACCAGAAAGUGCUCCAGAGCAUGCACAGUGAUUUGGAGCAGAAACAUGAUGUCCUGCAUUCGCUGGUGUCUGAUCUGAGUAAAGUGCAGCAGUGUAAUGAUCAGACGGAUCAGGGCCGGUACAGGUGUGUCAUCAACAUCUCCCAGUACGCCGAGCACGUCAGCCAGCUGUCGGACCGAUGGAAGCGCAUCCUUCUACACAUUACCAGCAGGUAUGAUGACCUGGACUCGUUCCUCCCUCAGCUUCAGCGGUACCUACAGGACAGCUCUCGUCUCAGCGGCUGGAUCGACGAAACCCAACGGCAGAUCAACGCUCAGCAGUCCAUCAAGACCGAUGACAUCACAGUGUACGACCAACUCGUCAACCAACAGAAAGCUUUAAACGCCGAUAUAAAGGCGAAGAGAGAGCUGUUGGAGACGGUGCAGAAUAAUGGCGACGCCUGCAUAAAUGCCAUCAAGAACUAUGAGCUUGAAUUGGCCUCUUACGGUGCUGGACUGGAAACCAUGCUCAACAUCCCCAUCAAGAGGACUGUCCUUAAUUCCCCAUCUAAAGUCAUUACAGAAGAGGUCUCUUCUCUAAAUGCACACUACUUAGAAUUGCUCACCCGCUCAAGUGAUCACCACAAACUCCUUACGGCUGCCCAGAAGAACAUGCAAGACCUGAACAUGAUGAAUACCGAAAUUGGGAUGCGCAAUGAGGAAAUUCAGCAGUUGAAAGACGUCAUUUUGAAUCACACUGCCAUGAAUGCCUCUCUGCAGGAGGCUCUCCUUAAAUACAAGCAGGAGCUGGAUGAAUCCCAGAGACACCUGCUUUCUCUGGAAGAGGUAAAGAGGAAUGAGACUUGGAAGUGUAUGACCACACAGGACAGCCUCGACUCUUCUACAAACCGUCUUCAAGAGCUUACGGAAGAAGUACGUCGUCUCAAACAACAGUUGGAAGAUAUGGAGAGGAAAAAGAAAGUCGUGGAGGAGCGUUAUACGUUUUUGCAGGAAGAAUACGAUCAAACCAUGCGCAAGAAAGUCAAAGAGCUCGAGACGGCCAACUGGACCAUGAAGGAUCUGGAGAAGACGGUGUCUGAAAGGACCCGAGAGCUGGAGCGUCUGCGCAAGGAGUUGGAUGACGAGGCUCGGCGCUUCAAGGAGGCGCAGACGGAGCUGGCAAAGGUAAGGCAGGAGCACAGCAUACAGAUACGAGAGGUGAAACAGACCUACGAGUCUCAAAUCCACGUCACUCAGACCAGCAUGCAAAAGCUUUCGCAGCAGAAGGAAAGUGAUUUUGCCUCCAUGCAGCUGGAGUUUGAAAGAGUAGAGGGAGAAUCUAGAGAGUUGAAGGAGCAACUGCAAACGCUUCGUCUUUCCCUCAACCAAGAGGAGGUCGAAAGGAGACGCUUGGAAGAGGAGAUACAGAGACUCAGUGCUUCGAAUGCAGAGGAAAGCCGAAAGAGGCACGAGCUGGAAGCACAAGUCCAGUUGAUGCUUAGUCAGAAACGUGAAGCUGACAACAAAGCAAGGGAGGUACAAGAGAGCUCAAGUCGGACAGUGCAGGAGAAAAGUGUCGAGAUCGUCCGCCUCACACGGUGUCUUGAGGAGGACCAGCGUCUCAAAAGAUCUUUAGAGACUGGAACAAGGCGGCUAGAAGGGGAGUUGGCCGACCUCAGAUCUAAGAACGAAGCCUUGAACGGGGAGUUGUUGCAGCUUCGCUCCUCCGACAGUCAAUUGAGCCUGAUCCGGGUUGAGUUGGAGGCCCAUGCCCUUGAGAAGGGACGGAGUGAACAAACUAUCGUACGCCUGCAAACGCGCAUCCAAGAGCUCCAGGAGGAGCUGAAACGCCUGGAAAGCGAGUUGGAUAAACAGCGGAGAGUGGCGGAAGAGGAGGCCGGCAAGCGAAGGAGAACGGAGGCGCAACUCGAAAAGAGUAGCCAGGCCAUGCGGGAGUACACCACGACAAUCACCACCCUGCGAAAGAGCCAGGAAGAAAUCAGUCUCGAGGCAAAACACACGGACAGCGAAUGCAAGCAGUUGCAGGAGGCCUUAGACCGUGCCUUGAAGGAGAACAAAGCUUCGUCUCAGAGCUUGGCUGCCUUGAAAGCCGAAAUGAACACUUUGAAACUACAGCUCACGCAGGAGCAGGGGCGCGUCCAAGACUUCAGCAAGCGCUACGAGACCCUUCACCGUAGCAUGGAAGAAAAGACUUGCGCAUUGAACAUGGCCACUGCGGAAACCGAGCGCCUGCAGAGGCUCACCGAAACCCUUACUAAAGAUCGGCUCCGCUUGGACGAGGAGUUGCGCUCCGUGCGUCUAGAACACGAGGAGCUGCUCAAAGACAAAAACCGCGGGAAUCGGGAAAUGGCCGAGCAUGUCGCAGCUUUGCAGAAACAGCUCGAGUCCAGCCAGCGUGCCGGUGCAGAGCAUGACAGGCUUAUGCGACAGCUCUCCAGAGAGAGAGAAAAACUGCAACUGGAGAUAGAAAAUGUACAAAAACAAGCCAGAGAGACUUCCUCCGUGAUCCAGACGUCCCAAUCCCAGUGCAGCCAUCUGCAGCAAGAGCGAGAUGGUCUCCUCGAGAAAACGACGGCAAUGGAACAGGAAAUUACGCGCUUGAAAAAACUCGAGGACGAGCUGGAACGAAUCAAACUCUCACUGGAGUCUGAAAUACGUCUCAAAUCACAGAUGCAGGAGGAUAACGAGAGGAUCAAGAAGGAUUUUACCCAGUGGAAGAGCAAAUGUGCGAUUCACGAGGAACAACUUCGACAGCACAUCUCGGAGCGUUCUGGCUUGGAGGGACAAUUUAACUCGGUCAACACCGAGAUGGAGAGGUUGAGGACUCAUCUGAAGGAAGCGGAAGAACGUUACAGGCUGUUGUUGCAGAACUUGGAACAAGAAAGGGCACAGAUGCAGGCGCUUCGAGACUCACAGCAGAAGGAGUUGCAGAAACUGCGGGAGAAAUCAGAAGGUGCUGCCAAAUACACUCAGACAGACCAAACCGACGACUCAUCGCUGGUCUUCGAAGGCGUCCGCAAGAAGGUCACGGCACAACAACUGCGUGACUGCGGUGUGAUUGACAAGGUGACCUUUGAGCAAUUGAUAAACGGGCAGCGGACUGUUCAGGAUGUAUCUGUUGACAUCAGGCUCAAUCUUAAAGGCACAGGAGCCAUUGCCGGGCUGGAAACAGGACCUAAAGGCAAGAUGACCUUCACAGAGGCCAAGAAACAAAAGUUGAUAUCAGAUGAGAGUGGAAACAUGCUCCUGGAGGCGCAAGCUGCCACAGGGUACAUCAUAGAUCCCCGAGCUAAUGUGAAGAUGACGGUUGAGGAGGCUUGUCUGAAUGGACUUGUGGAUGAAGCUGACAAGAACCAGCUGUUGAUUGCAGAGGCCGCCUGUGUUGGGUUCAGGGAUCCCAAAACUGCGAAACUCCUGCCUGCUAGCCAAGCCAUGAAAAAAGGACUAAUCGACCGGGAAACAGCUCUGCGUCUCCUGCAAGCUCAAGAGGCGGCGGGAGGCAUCCUUGAUCCUAUCCUUAGCGUCUACCUCUCCAAAGAUACUGCCAUGGACCGUGACCUUGUUGAUGAGGAUCUUUAUCAAGCUCUAAAUGCCAGACCAGAUUGCUACAUUGAUCCAGACACUGAUCUACAUGCUAGCUAUGUUACCCUCAAGAAGCGAUGCAAGGCUGACCUUAACACUGGCUUGCUCCUGCUUCCAGCUCCCGAGAAACCCUUGACUGUACCGGGACUGCGUAGCGAAGUUAACGUAUCGAAUCUGGUGGAUGCAAAAUUGCUGGAACCUUCGGACGUGGAUCAGUUGAGAGAGGGCAAGAUUACCAUCCAAGACAUUGAACACAGGCUUCGGGCUUAUCUCAGGGGGUCAACUUGCAUUGCUGGGAUUUAUGACGAGGCCAACGACUGCACCUUGCCUAUCUACCAGGCCAUGAAGAAUGGGCUUCUGCGACCUGGCACUACCUUGGAGCUUCUGGAGGCCCAGGCCGCCUCAGGCUUCAUGAUUGAUCCCAUUCACAAUGAGUACUAUACAGUCGAGGAGGCCUGUAAGAAAGGACUGGUGGGUGUGGAGUUCAAAGACAAGCUUCUGUCUGCCGAGAGAGCAGUAACUGGGUACAAAGACCCAGCCACCGAGAAGAUGAUUUCCCUGUUUGAAGCUAUUGAACGUGGUCUCAUAGAGAAAGGGCACGGCAUUCGCCUGCUGGAGGCUCAGAUUGCUAGUGGUGGCAUAAUUGACCCUAAACACAGUCACCGACUUGAUGUUGAUGUGGCGUACCAAAAAGGCUACUUUGAUGAGGAGAUGAACCAGAUUCUUAAAGACGAAGGAGAUGACACAAAGGGUUUCUUCGACCCAAACACUGAGGACAAUUUGACCUACUUGCAGCUGAAGAGCCGCUGCAUCGCAGACAAGAAGACGGGACUGGUGCUUCUGCCUCUUUAUGAUAAGAAAAAGAUCCAGCAGAAGAACUCCUCGAGGAAGAGACGGGUACUGAUAGUUGAUCCGGAAAGUAAUAAAGAAAUGACGGUGCGUGAAGCCUACGAGAAGAAACUCAUAGACUACGAGACCUUUCUGGAAUUGUGUCAGCAAGAGUGCGAGUGGGAAGAAACCGUAAUUACCGCCGCUGAUGGCUCGACCAGUACAGCUAUAAUGGACAUGCAAACAGGCAUUCAGUACGACUUGCAAGAACUGCUAGCUAAGGGAGUGAUUAGCCAAGAUGUCCUUGAUAAAUAUCGUUCAGGAAUCGUCACCCUUACUGAGUUUGCAGAUAUGAUCACCCAAAAGACAAAGACCCUCAGCAAACCCCUUAGCUCAUCUGUCAUCUCCUCCUCAUCAUCAUCAUCAUCUCAGAUGACCAUGAAAAGUCAGACAAUCAAAACCGAAACUGUUAAAAAAGUCGAGAGUACCUCCACUGCCCAAGAUCCAUUCUCAACAAACUCCUCCAAGCAUAUUUCCAGCAUGUCAGUCAAACUGACCCCAUUAGUAGAAAUAAUUGAGGAACAGAGUCCAGUUGGGGCAAUUUUUGACACAGAGAAGCUGGAGAAGAUCAGUGUGUGUGACGCUAUGAAGCGAGGAAUCAUCGAUUCCAUCACAGGGCAACGGCUCCUGGAGGCACAAGCUUGCACCGGUGGGAUUGUGAACCCUGAAACCGGUCGCCGUAUGUCUAUUCAGGAAGCGACCCGCGUCGGUGUCCUCGAUGAGGACAUGGCUAACCGGGUAAAACCUGCCCAGAAAGCAUAUAUUGGUUUUGAAGAUGUGAAAACCAAGCGUAAAAUGUCCGCCGCCGAGGCCGUCAAAGAAAAGUGGCUUCCGUACGAGGCUGGCCAGCGCUUCCUUGAAUUCCAGUAUUUAACCGGCGGGCUUUUCGACCCAGAGCUCGGGAGCAGACGUUCACUUGAGGAGGCUUUGCAAUUAGGCUGGCUGGACAUGAGAUCGGCUCAGAGGCUCCAGGAUUCACGUCACCACCCAAAAACCCUAACCUGCCCCAAGACCAAGCUGCGGAUAUCCUACAAGGAGGCUCUGGAAGCUUGCAUGAACGAGGAGAAGACGGAUGUCCGAAUGCUUCCCGCCGCCACGGUUUCAUCGCGAGGAAUCAGCAGCCCCUACAACCUCUCCAAUCCAGGAUCUGCCUCGGGAUCUCGGAGUGGAUCCCGUAGGGGCAGCGUUGAUUACAGUUUAUCCCCUUCUUCCUCGACCAAAUACAGCAGUUUUAGCUACAGUAGAACCUCUUUCAGCUCCAGAUCACUCUCCUAAACAAACGUUUUGUACCGUGCAACAUUAUACAACAUCAACAACUAUCCAUCAAAGUAUUUUAAGAUAACGGCACGAGAUUAUUAGUAUCGAUAAUCAUCUAAACGAAUCAGCAUUUUUUUGACCACCUUGUGUACAUGUUUGGAAAAUAAUUGCAUUUCUUAAUCUACAUUGAAUGUAUUAAUUUGGACACAUUUAAUUUAGCAUGUUUUCUUAUAUUAUGGGGGUUAUCUGCUUCUGAGUUUUAUUAAACGGAUAUGAAAAUUGUUUAUAACACUAGAUUGGUAAAGAUGUUUUGUUUUUGUUUUUAAACUAAUACUGUUGAAUGGCUGUAUUUUUUUUUUUCUAAAAGUUUCAGUGCCUUCACUUUACCUUUGUACUACCCUGAGUUACUCAGUGACUGUAAUAACUUCAGCUUCAUUGCUUAAAUAAAGAAAGAACUCAUAAAAUGUA